CGGUGUUGCCCUUCGACCUCAAGGCGCCUCUGGGCAGAGCGCCCCGCAGUCCUUUGUGGAAAGCGGUCCGGGCGAGUGAUGGCCGCGACGCAGGCACAGCCCAGCACGAGAGAGAUCUUCACCACGCUGGAGUACGGACCGGCGCCUGAGAGCCACGCAUGCGCACUGGCCUGGCUGGACACCCAAGACCGGCACUUGGGUCACUAUGUAAAUGGAAAGUGGUUAAAGCCGGAACACAGGAAUUCGGUACCUUGCCAGGACCCCAUCACAGGAGAGAACGUGGCCAGUUGCCUCCAGGCACAGGCUGAGGAUGUUGCAGCAGCCGUGGAGGCAGCAAGGACUGCGUGGGAGCACUGGAGCAGACUCCCCGGAGCCUCUCGGGCCCAGCACCUGACCAGGCUGGCCAAGACGAUCCAGAAGCACCAGCGGCUGCUGUGGACCCUGGAGUCCCUGGUGACUGGGCGAGCCGUUCGAGAGGUUCGAGACAGGGAUAUCCCACUGGCCCAGCAGCUACUCCAAUACCAUGCAGUCCAGGCAUACACCCAGGAGGAGGCGCUGGCAGGCUGGGAGCCCAUGGGAGUGAUUGGUCUCAUCUUGUCCCCCAUGUUCUCCUUCCUUGAGAUGAUGUGGAGGAUCUGCCCUGCCCUGGCUGUGGGCUGUACUGUGGUGGUGCUGGUGCCCACAGCCUCCCCGACACCCCUCCUCGUGGCCCAGCUGGCCGGGGAACUAGGCUCCUUCCCAGGAAUCCUCAAUGUGAUCAGCGGCCCUGCCUUCCUGGGCCCCAUCCUGGCCUCCCAGCCCGGAGUCCAGAAGGUGACCUUCUGUGGAGCCGUGGAGGAAGGACGUGCCCUUCGGCGGACCCUGGCGGGCCAAGGUGCCGAGCUGGGCCUGGCGCUGGGGGCCGAGUCGCUGGUGGUGCUGACGGAGGCGGCGGAUGUGGACUCGGCCGUGGAGGGCGUCGUGGAUGCCGCCUGGUCCGACCGCAGCGCGGGGGGACUCAGGCUCCUCAUCCAGGAGUCCGUGUGGGACGAGGCGAUGAGGCGGCUCCAGGAGCGGAUGACGCGGCUUCGGGGCGGUAGAGGGUUGGACGCGGCCGUGGACAUGGGGGCUCGAGGCGCUGCCUCAUGUGACGUGGCCUGCCGCUACGUGCGCGACGCCAUGUGUCAGGGCGCAAAGGUGUUCCAGGCUGGCGAUGUUCCCAAAGUCAGUCCAUUCUUCCCCCCAACUCUGGUCUCUGACCUGCCCCCAGCUUCCCCAUGUACCCAGGCAGAGGUGCCCUGGCCUGUGGUCGUGGCCUCCCCGUUCCGCACAGCUAAGGAGGCCCUGGCCGUGGCCAACGGGACGCCCCGAGGAGGCAGUGCCAGCGUGUGGAGCGAGAGACUGGGGCAGGCCUUGGAGCUGGGCUACGGGCUCCGGGUGGGCACGGUCUGGAUCAAUGCCCAUGGCCUUGGGAACGCGGAAGUGCCCGCAGGCGGCUGCAAGGAGAGCGGGUCUUCCUGGCACGGGGGCCCGGAUGGGCUGUAUGAGUAUCUGCAGCCCUCGGGGACCCCUGCCCGGCUGCCUCGCCUUUCUGAGAGCCUGAACUAUGACACCUUUGGCCUUGUGGUCACCCCGGCCCUACCAUCUGGGCCUGAAAUAGGACCCAGCCCAGCGGCCCCCUUUGGGCUCUUCAUCGGGGGCCGUUUCCAAGCUCCCGGGGCCCGGAGCUCCAGACCCGUCCAGGACUCGCAAGGCGGCCUCCAUGGCUAUGUGGCCGAGGGCGGAGCCAAGGAUAUCCGAGGUGCCGUGGAGGCUGCUCACCAGGCCGCCCCCAGCUGGGUGAGCCAGCCACCGGCGGCCCGGGCGGCUGUGCUGUGGGCCCUGGCAGCUGCCCUGGAGCGCCGGGAGCCUGCCCUCGCCUCGAGGCUGGAGAGGCACGGAGUGGAGGUCAAGGCCGCCAAGGUGGAGGUGGAGCUGAGCGUGCGGCGGCUUCGGGCCUGGGGGGCCCGCGCGCAGGCCCAAGGCCACGUCUUGCAGGUGGCCGAGCUGAGAGGCCCCGUGCUCCGGCUGCGGGAGCCUCUGGGCGUGCUGGCUAUUGUGUGCCCUGAUGAGUGGCCCCUGCUGGCCUUCGUGUCCCUGCUGGCUGCCGCCCUGGCCCAUGGCAACACCGUGGUCUUGGUGCCGAGCGGGGCCUGUCCCAUCCCCGCCUUGGACAUCUGCCAGGAUAUGGCUGCCUUGUUGCCAGCAGGCCUGGUGAAUGUGGUGACCGGAGACCGGGACCACCUGACGCGCUGCCUGGCCUUGCACCAGGACGUCCAGGCCCUGUGGUAUUUCGGAUCUGCCCAGGGCUCCCAGUUUGUGGAGUGGGCCUCAGCAGGAAACCUGAAGCCGGUGUGGGUGAACAGGGGGCACCCUCGGGCCUGGGAGCAGGAGGCCCAGGGAGCAGGCCCAGAGCUGGGGCUGCGGGCAGCACGGACCAAGGCCCUGUGGCUGCCGAUGGGCGACUGAUGCCUGAGUGUCCCCCCCCACACACACUCCGUCUUGGACAGAGGCGAGAUGGACCCUGACAGACACCAGAAGCCUGGAACCUUCUUUUACAUGGCCUCCAAUAAACUCUGACCAACCUUG